AUGGAUUCAACUCAAUAUUCAUUCAACAAUUACAAAGAAUUUCUUCAUACCGGCUUCCAAUCGCUCGUUUACGGCGCUCAACUUUUACGAUAUCCGAAUCGUGGAAUGUCAGAUGAUACGGGUAAAGAGCUGACAGCGAUUACUUUCAAUCAGGAUUCACAAUGCUUAGCUAUUGGACACGAGGGUGGAUAUGAAUUCUAUCCACUUGCAAAGAACACGGAGAAAGUCGUCGUUGAACACAGGAAUACACAACCUGAGACAAUUCUUGUGGAACGACUUCUUGGCUCAGGAUUGGCGAUGGUUGUCUCAAGGAAAGAACCUCGAACAAUGCAUGUUCGACAUGUGAAUGAUAGGAAAACGAUUCAUGAUCAACGAUUUAGUAGCAGCAUUCUCAACAUCAAAGUCAAUCGACAACGGGUGGUGGUCUGUUUGGAAAACGCGAUCUACAUCUAUAAUCUUACUGAUAUGAAACAAUUGCAUACAAUCGAUGGUGAACUUGAGAAUAAAUCUGGUCUUCUUGAUCUUUCGUUGGGCAACUCGAUUCUUGUAUAUCCUGGGAAUUCACUGGCUGGAACUGUUCAUAUUUUCGAUGCUACUGUAAUGAAGGCAAUGUUCACAAUCCCGGCACAUGAGAGCAGAUUGGCGGCGAUUCGAUUAGACUCCGAAGGCAAUAAACUUGCCACAGCUUCCGAAAAAGGAACUGUCAUUCGAGUGUUUUCUGUGAAAAAGGAUCAACAAUGGAACAAAUUAUGGGAAUUCCGACGAGGAGUGGCUCGAGCUGUGACCAUCACGCAACUCGCUUUCUCAAUCGACUCGUCUUUUCUUGUCUCAUCAUCGAAUACUGAAACGAUUCACAUCUUCAAACUACAUCAAUCAGAUGAAACACAGACAAUAUCUGACAAUUCCUAUUCGGGUUGGAUGUCAUGGGCGAUUUCCACUGUUGCUUCUUAUCUACCUCCUAAUGCACAAUUACUUGAGAAAUCCUUCGCUACGGCUCAUCUACCAACACAGAGUCGAGCAUACGCUGCAUUGCCAACGAUUGGACAAGAAAUGGUUCUUGUUGUAGCCACAGCUGAUGGUCAUCUCUAUUACUACAAAGUCGACAAGGAACGCGGUGGUGAGUGUUUAGAAUCAAGCCAUAUCCGAAUUGGUCCACACGCACAAGUGACCGAACUGGACAGUCAAGUUGAUGAUAUUCCACCAUCACAACAUCCUACA